UUUGAUAUCGUCAUAUAAAAAAACACACAUACAUACAUACAUUUGAUUUUGAGGUACAAGAAGCAGGGUGAGUUGUACACGCGAAACAAAAAAUAAAUGGCAUCACCAUCAUCUUCGUUUAUAGCGGCAGCGGCGGCGAAGGCCGGGCCGGCGCUCCGCCGUCAGGCCUUAAGCAUAACGGAGGAGGCGGCAGUCAGGAUCCGGAAGCUGCUAGAGGAUCGCCAGAGGCCUUUCCUCCGCCUCGGCGUCAAGGCUCGUGGCUGCAACGGCUUGUCCUACACCCUCAACUACGCUGAUGAGAAGGGGAAGUACGAUGAAUUGAUUGAUGACAAGGGUGUGAAGGUACUGAUUGAUCCAAAGGCCAUGAUGCAUGUAAUAGGAACCAAGAUGGAUUUUGUUGAUGACAAACUCAGAUCGGAAUUUAUUUUUGUUAAUCCAAAUUCUAAAGGAGAGUGUGGGUGUGGAGAGUCUUUCAUGACAAUGAGUAAUUCAGAGGCUACUAAGCGAGGUGGUAGUUAGAAGUGAUUAUGAUAAUGAAGUCACUCUUACUAAAUUCUAGCCCCUAGAAAGCUUGUAUGUUGCCAAGCUGGAAACACAGAGAUUAGUAGCAAUGUCUGGUCAAAGCAGAGCCAAGGUCCUCUUUCUCUCUCUUUUUUUUUUUUUUUUUUUUUUUUUUUUCCCAUAUAAGCUGACAAUUUUUACUUUUUGUGGCACUGGCCUUGUUUACUUUCACCAUGUUAACUAUGAGUGUAGUAACUGGAACAUCUCAUAUUGUCAUUUGUUGUAAAUAAGAGAUGAUUAUACAUUUUACUAUUUGGUGUAAAUAAGAGAUGACUAUACUUUUUACUAGU